AUGACAGGUUCGGAGGUGUCAUAAAUAUUUAGUGAGGUUGUUGUACCCGAUCUUGGUAAAGAGGGCUUCGUGAAACGGUUAGCAGACAAGUAGCUCACUAUCUCCUAUUUAGUCAAGAAGUUAGACUUACGACGGUGUUGAGAAACGGGCCCCGGAGCUGCGCGAAUCUGCGAUUGCGUAAUUAAAAGUUACCAGAGAACAGAACGUGGAUCUGCGGGGUGGGCCACUAACGAUAACGUUAAAUAAGAAGUGUAAUUUACACGUACCAAGGAAUCAAAAUAAAAGAUGGGCUUGAUGAGGCUUUUGUUACCAAGACAUUCACAUUUCGUGAGAAAUUUCGCUCAAACUCGUCGGUGCAACGGUUAUUAUGACGGUUCGAUCUGUUCACGGAGUGCAAGAUAUUCUACAGCAUCGCUGGUAUCUAAAGAUGAUGUACGGAAUAUCAGGAACAUUGGUAUCUCAGCCCACAUUGACUCAGGCAAAACAACUCUCACAGAGCGAUUACUCUUCUAUACAGGAAGAAUAAAAGAAAUGCAUGAGGUGAAAGGUAAGGACAAUGUCGGUGCUACCAUGGAUUCUAUGGAGUUAGAGCGUCAACGAGGGAUCACUAUCCAGUCUGCUGCCACCUAUAUCUCAUGGCAGGACAACAAUAUUAACAUCAUUGAUACGCCAGGCCAUGUGGACUUCACGGUGGAAGUUGAGAGAGCCCUGAGGGUGCUAGAUGGCGCUGUUCUGGUCCUGUGCAGUGUGGGCGGGGUCCAGAGUCAGACACUAACAGUCAACAGACAGAUGAAGAGAUACUCAGUUCCCUGCCUAGCAUUUAUCAACAAACUAGACAGAAUGAAGGCUAAUCCACACAAAGUUCUGAGCCAGCUCCAGUCCAAGAUGAACCACAAUGCAGCAUUCCUCCAACUUCCGAUCGGUUUAGAAGCAGACACCAAGGGUGUGGUCGAUCUCAUACACAGGAGGGCGCUGUACAAUGAAGGAAAUGCUGGAGAAGAAAUCCGAGAAGCGGAAGUGCCGGAGGAUAUGAUGGCAGAUGUCAAAGAAUACAGACAAAAGUUAAUUGAAUCACUAUCCAAUGUUGAUGAUGAGCUUGGAGAGAUGUUUCUUGAAGAGAAGGAACCUAGUGAACAGGAAAUCAAGGAUGCUGUUAGGAGGUGCGUGCUGAAGAGGACUUUCACUCCGGUCAUGAUGGGAACUGCUCUCAAGAACAAAGGAAUACAACCUCUUCUAGAUGCGAUCAUAGACUACCUACCUAAUCCAACAGAAGUUAACAACUAUGCUUUCAAUGACCAAGAUGAGAAAGUAAAGAUGAGUCCAAUCAGAGAUAACUCCGAUAAGUUUGUUUCCUUGGCUUUCAAACUGGAGGCAGGAAGAUUUGGCCAGUUGACUUACAUGAGGGUAUACCAAGGUUGUUUACAGAAAGGACAGUACAUCUACAACACGAGAACAACUAAGAAAGUGAAGGUCUCUCGUCUCGUACGAAUGCAUGCUGAUACAAUGGAGGACGUUAGCGAGGUGUAUGCUGGAGACAUCUGUGCUUUAUUUGGUAUCGAGUGUGCAAGCGGAGACACUUUCACUACUGAACCAAAGACGAAGAUAUCUAUGGAACCCAUGCAUGUCCCAGAUCCAGUCAUCUCACUUGCUAUCAAGCCAGAAAAGAAGACCGACCUGGAUAACUUCUCUAAAGCCAUCAACAGAUUUACAAGAGAAGACCCUACUUUCACCGUAUACUUUGACGAUGAAAGCAAAGAGACCAUAGUAUCUGGUAUGGGUGAGCUCCAUUUAGAGAUCUAUGCACAGAGAAUGAGGAAUGAAUAUAAUUGUCCGGUCAUCACUGGUAAACCUAAGGUAGCCUUCAGAGAAACGAUCACCGGUGAGGUCGACUUUGAAUAUCUUCAUAAGAAGCAGUCUGGAGGAGCUGGCCAGUUUGGGAAAGUUAUUGGAACGAUAGAACCCCUGUCACCUGAGCAGAACACCAAAUUUGAGUUCAUUGACGAGACUGUCGGGACUAACAUCCCUAAACAGUUUGUACCGGCUAUUGAAAAGGGAUUUCUUGAAGCAACAGAGAAGGGCCCCCUCAUUGGUCAGAAGAUAACUGGUCUCCGUGUAAGGUUGUUUGAUGGACAGCAUCAUAUGGUAGAUUCUAGUGAGCUAGCUUUUAGGCUUGCUGCCAUUGGAGCCCUCAAACAAGCAAUGGGAAAAUCGCACAACCAGAUACUUGAACCGAUCAUGGAUGUGGAAGUGAACGCACCCAAUGAGUUUCAAGGGGCUGUCAUCGCUGGUAUCAACAAGAGGACGGGGGUCAUCCUCGGCAGUGACGGUGGGGAAGGGUACUUUACUCUCUAUUGUGAGGUACCGUUGAACGACAUGUUUGGCUAUGCCACGGAGCUGCGUUCAUGCACGCAGGGGAAGGGUGAAUACUCCAUGGAUUACAGCCGGUACCAGCCAACCAGGCCUGCAGUCCAGGAGGUACUGGUCCAGGCCUAUCAGACAGAACAUGGACUGGUCAGGACCGCAAAGAGAUCCAGAUGAUGAUAGUUUAUUUGUUCCUUACGGGAAUGGGAGUGUGCAUUUUGUGGUUAAAGACUGAGGGAGCUUAUGGAAGAAACAACAGCUAUUUGUGCUGGAUUUUUAGUAAACAGGAAAGAAGGUCCAAAGAUUGGGACAAAGAACUGAAGACUUGGAUACGAUAGGCAAGCAUAGGCAGCAUUCAUCAAUCAGGUGGAUGUUCAUAAAGUUCUGCACAAGACUGGAACAGAUUCUUAGGUGCUAGGUCAGCUACAUAGUCAUAUAUGGUAUAGCGUGAGAAAGGGUCACCAGUCGCGUGUAAAGUCAUUCUUUAUUAACUUAUGAACAGCUUUAUGAAACACCCAUGAUGAGUCCCUUGAGUCAACUCUGUCACUUAUAUCAAGGAUACUUCAAGGGGAAGAUCGGACACUGCGGCGAUUUUUUGAAACGCUUGAUUAAUGCUCAUGGGGAAGGGAGCCCACUAGCGUUGAGUCGGUAAACCAUCGCACAUCGGCACGCUGCUGUGUUUAAAACAUAUGGGGAAAGUGAGAGAGUGGAUUUGGGAGAGGGCACAAGGGCAACGCAGGUGGAUAAUUCCAGCUUUUUCUUUCCCAGAAACCUCUUAAAUAUAUUCAUUCAUAUUCAUAUAUAUACUCUAAUGUACAAAUUGUCUAUUCCUUCUCCCCUUCACCAUUUCUCUAAUAUGUUUUGUACACAACCAUAUCGCGAUACGCAAAGGUAAAAAAAAGGUUGUUACUUACUCAACGCUGUAGGGCGCUCUUCCCGAGCAUUUCAUUGCACGCUCUAUGUACUGUCCGAUCUUCCCCUUGUAGUAUCUUUUCUUAUAUGUAAUUCAAGGCCCUGGUGCACAGAUCUUACCACCAAUUUUAUCAUUGUUAUCUAUGAUAAUUUUGAUGAAAAGCUUUAAUUUUGGUUGGCCAUUGAGACCUGGUUAUGCAGUAGUAUUACCAGAUACCAUCACUGUUGAAUUUUAUUGUAAUCAUGUCCUGGGAGUGUUUCAUGAAUCAUCUUAUCAGUGAUUUUCAUUGACAAUUUUGUGCCUAGCCAAUCAGAUGCAAGGAUUUCAGUAGCUUAUAACAUAUAGUCAUUGAAAAUCACUGAUUUGUUUCAUGAAAUGCCACCCUGAUGUUCAGAGGACUGUAAAACAACAAACAUUGGAUCUGUUUGAAAUGCCUUGUGCUCUUGAAGAGUGGUCUUUAUUCACUUAUGCUAGCAUGUUCUGUUAUUCCAUACAGGUACAUAGCUUCUAUCAGGUCAAAAUUAAUCUUUGCUCCCCAAAUUUGCAACAAUCUUCAAUUUUUACUAUUUUUUUAUACUUUGAAAAAAAACAAUAAAAUAUGGAUAUUACAUGAGUCAAUAGUAAUGAUUAAAAAGUAAAUUUACUUGUAAAUUUCCAUAUCACAGAAAACUGACCCUUGACAAAUCAAAUGGCACAAUUUACUUGCCAUUACUUGCCAUUAAAUAGAAGAUUCUGGUUAAAAAGCACUGGCUGUCUGAAAUCAAUACCUCAUUCGGAUGUGAUGCAUACAAACUGUUUUUUUGUUCAUUAUGAACUUUAAAAAUUGUGGAAAUGUCUGUUUUUGGAAGACUUGACGAAAUGAGUAGACUAGACACUGGAAAUUACAGUUUGGUUUGUUACACUUCAAGAAGCAAGUGGUUUCAACGAUAUUCAAUUUGAUUGCAAUAUAGUAAUAAAGUAUGUAUAAUCCAAUCUACACACAUCACUGCUAGUAUUUGGUAUGCUGUGCAAGCCUCAGGGAAAGUUUAUUUACUCAGCUAAAACUUGGGGAAAAAAUACACCAGCCCAGCCUUCUUUAAGUCAAUUAUUAUCCUGAAGUUGAAGCAUUUUUUCAGACCAAAUUAUGCAAAUGUGCUAUAUUGAUCUUCUUUGUCAAUUUUCUUGGUUAGGUUAAACACAUUCUUGUGGUCCAAAUAUAAUCUGGUAAAUUUACCUGGAUUUGCAAUUUUUUAAUGCAAAAUAUGAUACUUUGUCUGUUGGCCAUAGCUAUUUCAUGUCUGUCUAUUUAUGUACAUGUGAAUAUCCUUACAAUAUAAGCAGAUAGAUGUACAUGUAUUUGCAGGAGUAUAUGAAUGGUAUAUUAAAGAAUUUUGAUAAAUAA